ACGACCACCGUACUGCGGAACCGGUUACGAAAUGUCAAUAUAAACAAACUUCUACCUUCUUAACCGUGUAAGAUAAAGAAAUAAAUAAAACCUUUUAUCUGAAAUAAGCGCACGCCGGGAAACAUAUUCUUUCUGCCACCGGUUUAAACGGGAGAUCUGCGCGUUGAAGAGCUAUUUAGCCUGAAGGGGCUCGCGUUAGGCACUUCCUGUGCAGUUUUGUAACAAUGAACUUAUGCAAGUCUGAAUGAAGCAUUAUGAAAAGAGCUGCUGCCGCUGAUCGACUGGACCCAUGACAGGCGAGAUGUCUCAGGUGCGGCGGUCGGUGAGCGAGGCCCUGUGGGCCAUGUGCGCAGCUGACGCCGCGUCCAUGCCGGUCCACUGGUACUACGACAUCCAUGACAUCAGGAGGGACUUCGGAGGCUGGAUAUCCGGAUUCAACCCGCCCGGAAACAGACACCCGUCCAGCAUCCUCAGCCUCUCCAACACCGCUGGUAGCGGCCGGACCGCCUGGUCGUCCGGAGCGAAGCGGCCCGAUGUGGUCGGUAACGUCAUCCUCCACGAUAAGCUGAACCUGUGGAAGUCCUCCAGAGGCUCGGUCCACUAUCACCAAGGUCUUCAGGCCGGUGAUAACACCCUGAACGUCCUCUGCUCCCUCCGAGCGGCUCGGUCGCUCGUCGGCGGAGGUUUCACCGACGUUUCUCAGCCGGACGCUCGAGCCGCCGUUCUGUCAGACUACGUUCAGUUCCUGACCACGCCCGGCACCCACAGCGACACCUACGCCGAGUCCUUCCACCGCUCGUUCUUCGCCGACUGGCAGGAGAGCAGACCGACCUCGCCCCGUCAGGUUCUGACGUUUGCAGAAAAACGCUCCAAACGCAAGCUGAGCUCCUCGUUCCCCGACAGCCAGCUGGACGCCAUCGGCUGCCUUCCCAUGAGCCUCCCCUUCAUCCUGCUGUCGGCCUCGGCCAAUGAGGAGCAGGCUGUUUCAGCAGCAGUGGAGUUUGUGAAGCUCACCCAUCCUCACCCCAAAGUGCCCGAGUACGUGUCGAUCUACAGCCGGGCGCUGCACGCCGUGCUGGGGGGGGCCAGCGUCCGUCAGCAGGCCGAACACGCUCUGAGGAGACUGGACGCCUGGGACACCUGCCAGAGCUACAGCCGCAAGGCCUCCAGGUUUCCUGUGUCCUCUGAGGAUAGGCUGAGGGUCCAUCAGAGCGCCGUGAACUACCUCGGUCUGGCCUGCUACACUAAAGGAGCUCUGUCCAGCCUGUUCUACCUGGCUCACGAGUUUCACGACGACCCCAGAGGAGGAAUCCUGGCAAACACCAACUGCGGAGGUGAGAACUGUAACCGCGGGGUGGCGCUGGGAGCCCUACUGGGGGCGGGGGGGUCGUACAUCAGCACCGUCAUCCCGCAGGAGUGGAAGGACGAACUGAGAACGGCCCAGGAAUUCAUCCCCGAUAUCCUGAAGGAGUUGGAAUGAGAGCAGUGCCGUCCCCCGGAGAAACAAACAAAUAAAAACAGCUACACAACAACACUUCAGCUUCAAAAGUUCCACUAAAUCUGUUUGUCUUCCCGUUCACAACCACAAUUACAUUUUUACACUUUUUCAUCCAAUUCUCGCAUUUUAUUUUUUAUUUAAGACUGAAAAUCUUCUCUAUCUUUUCCUUCAGAUGUCAUUGACUGGUGAGAUGUUUAGGUUUAAAAAGUGAUCUAAACUAUGAUAUUUAUUUAUAAUUUUCCUCUUUUCUUAAUGUUUAAUGACCAGUUUUAGGCACCACCAGCUUUUAAAUGAACAAAUCAACAUGUUUCCGGUUUGUUUUUUUUCUCAAAUGAAAAAUAAAGUCUGUGGUAAGAA